CACCCAAUACGUAAUCCUCUCCCAGGUUUUGUCUCUUCAUCCCUCUUUUUCACCUCUUUUUGUCGUGUUCUUUCUCUUGUUGGUUCAACUUGACGUCAAUUCGUCCUCCACUUCAAGGCCUCAAUUCUGCUUAGAGGCCUCUGUGAUUCAUUUUUGUGUGAGAGAAACAAUGGCAGUGACCGUCAAUGCUGCAGUAUCUCUCCCAUCUUCCAAGUCAUCUUCUCUUUCAUUUAAAAGCUCUAUCACUACCCCUGAAAGAAUCAACUUCAACAAGAGUGUAUGGUACUCCAAGAAUGUCAGCGCUGGUGGAAAUGUGGUUUCCGUUGAAGCUCAGAUCACUACGGAGUCUCCAGCAAAAGUAGCAAAAGUUUCCAAGAAAGCUGACGAAGGUGUUGUUGUUAACAAGUUCGAGCCAAAGAAUCCUUGCAUUGGAAGGUAACUUCUGAACACCAAAAUUAGUCUGAUACUGAUGAGCUUGUAAUUGCAGGUUUCCUUGUGUGUCAAAAGUCUUGUUUACACCAACGAACAAGGAGAGAUAGUCAAAGGAGUUUGCUCAAAUUUCCUGUGUGACUUGGAGCCUGGUGCUGAUGUGACGAUCACUGGACCUGUUGGGAAAGAGAUGCUUAUGCCAAAAGAUCCAAAUGCCACCAUCAUAAUGUUUGCAACUGGAAUUGGAAUUGCUCCUUUCCGUUCAUUCUUAUGGAAGGUGUUCUUUGAGAAGCAUGAUGACUACAAGUUUAAUGGGUUGGCUUGGCUCUUCUUGGGUGUACCCACAAGUAGCUCACUGCUCUACAAGGACGAAUUUGAGAAGAUGAAGGAGAAGACACCAGAUAACUUCAGGGUGGAUUACGCGGUGAGUAGAGCAACGAAUGACAAGGGUGAGAAGAUGUAUAUUCAGACCGGGAUGGCCCAGUAUGCUGAAAAGCUAUGGGAAUUGCUCAAGAAAGAUAACACCUAUGUCUACAUGUGCGGGCUCAAGGGUAUGGAGAAGGGAAUUGAUGAAAUCAUGACUUCUUUGGCUGCCAAAGAUGGUAUUGAUUGGCUUGAAUACAUGAGACAACUAAAGAAAGCAGAACAAUGGAACGUUGAGGUCUACUGAUCUUGGCUGCAUUAUAUUUCUACAGAGGAUUUUGCCAUUCUGUCAACACUUCCUCUGCUCCUGCACUACUUCGCACCAUAUAUUUGAUAUAGACGUUGAAUUCUUAGCCCAACUCAUGUAUUCUUUCCUCAAGACAGGUUGUAUAGUGCAAAUUUGAAGGAGAUAACUCCUUUCAACUGUAUCUUGUAAUUUUGCAUUUUCUAAUCAUUUGUGUUACUUAGUCUACACUUUCUGGUCAUCAUCUGAAGUGACGAGAAGCUCAUUCUUCUCACAUUCAA